CUUAACUAGGUUAUGCGACACGCUCGAUGAGAGACUAACGAUCAAGCCCGCUCUAAUUUAGCCCAGUGAGGUUGUCGCGAGUUGUGAGACUUGUAACCCGCUUACACGCUAUAUCGGAUGUCAGCAGCGCCAACUGUCGUUUUGUAAUCUCGGUAUCAAUAAACGACGGCAACAUGCAGGAACAACGACCACGCGGGCCGCGUCUAUAUCAUAAAAAGUCUCGCACUGGGUGUUUGCGAUGUAAGCAGAGACGAGUCAAGUGUGAUGAAGUUCGCCCUAGCUGUAGCUCGUGUUCAAGACAUGCAGUCGAAUGCUUAUAUCCGAAUGCGAACCCAGUGUCUGCAAGAACGGCGCAAAAUACGCGGCACAAUAGCGGGAUACCAAGCCAUUCGCCUAACGGGCAGACCGCUUCCAGCCCGGUGUUGACGGAUGACGCUUCGCAGCGAGCAUCCAUUAAUGCUUUAUGUUCUCCUCAAAAUGAGAACAAAUCAGCCUUUCUGCCUCAGGGUGUGAAUUUUUAUCCCUCUCCAGGCUCACCUCUUCCGCCUUCCCUGGAUGAGGGGACAGAUGCGGACGUUAGUAUCCCCGAAGGGCCAUGGAGACGUCAUUGGGAAAUACGGUUGAUACAUAACUACCAUCAAAAUAUGGUCCAGCCAUUCCCUAUGGCACAGAAUCCAGAGGUCCUACACAUGUGGAAAUAUGAUAUUCCGAAUUUAACCAUGCGUAUGGCCCAAGAACACAACCGCUGUAGUUUGCUCAACGUAUCGCUUGCCAACUCGGCUCUGUAUCUUUGGACGAGAAGCACAGACCCGAAGGAGCGAGAUGAGCUCUUCAAGUUACAGCAGACUUAUCAGAUCAUGUGUACUAGAGAACAGCGCCGCGAUAUCGACGAGCUGAGUCGCAUGAUCUCGGAAAAUGCUGACUACAUCUGCUUUACUAGUAUUAGGAUUUUGGCGCAUUCCUUAGCCCUAGUUCAGACGUUGAUGAUAGAUCCUUGGGAGCCCCCAAUUCAGUGGUUGCAUAUGGGCCGAGGCGCUGGUCAGGUAUUGGACAUGGCGAAGAAGCUGCUUGAUCCCGACAGCAAACUCAGUAUUAAAUUGUUUGCCCGGAGUAAGCCAGAUAUGAGCAAUCCGAGGGAGUUGAUCUACUGUGAUCACAGCGCGUUAGAUUGGCUCUUGGAGCAUCCAGCUGGCCCUGAAUCGAUUGCGGCGCAGGAAGAUCGGGAGCUAGACGACGAAGACGUGAGAGUCGUGUACAACAAGGCUCUCUCGUACAUAUGUAGUGUUCAGACAGCAAUCGAUGUUGGCGAACCAGAUUAUGCCAUUGUGAGACGAUUUGGCGGCUUCGCGAUUUGGGUACCGAUCGAAUUUUCCAAAUUCAUAGAGGAGCGAAGACCAAGAGCCAUGGUGGUAUUGGCUCACUUUAUGGCCUUGUGGGUACGCUAUGAGCACAUCUGGAUGGUCGGUAAAGCCGGGGAAAUGCAGAUUAGGGGCAUAUAUAAGAUCAUGCCGUCGGAAUGGAAACCGAAGCUUGACGGCCUGCUUGCAAGAUUUAACCAGACGGAACCGGGUAAGUAGCGAUUGUUCAUUACGGGUUGGCGGGUUGCAAAUAUACCAGAUAAUGGGGCAUGAUCAAAAUAUGUAUUCUAUUUCUUUUUUGGCUUGAAACAAGCUGUAACCCCUAUCCUACCUACGUAUGUACCUGCCCAUAUAGUUUAUAUC